AUGUCCUUGAGGUGUUUCCCCAUAUACCAGGACAUCGGCGGAGUCAAGUACUCGAUGGGCUACAAGGCUCAUCAUGUCCGUGAAGCACUGAAUUACAUGCCCCACGAUGGUGACAUUGUCAUGGUCUCGCACCUGAAAUGCGGCAACAACUUGCUGGAACAGAUCAUCCAACUGAUUCUUUACAGCGGCCAGUCUGCCGGUGACCUAAGUGAAUACCACAGGCGAACGCCGUACAUCGAGAUGGUCGGGACCGGACCGGUGCAAAACAUGCAGCCCCCUCGCUUUUUUAAGACGCACUUCACUUACGAGCGACAGCCCAUGAACCCCAAGGCCAAGUACGUGUACUUGGCGAGGAACCCUCUAGACGUCUGCGUGUCCUUCUACCACUUCACUCGCUCGCUGCCGGUGUACAGAUUCGGGGAUGGAACGUUCGACGAUUUCUUCGAGCUCUUCGUGAAGGGGAAGAACGAUCGUGGUGACUUCUUUGACCACUUGAUGUCCUGGUACUCUCAUAAAGAUGAUGCCAACGUCUUCUUUGUCACCUAUGAGGAACUCAAGAGGAACUUCAAGGACGCUGUCUCGAUACUUGCUCGUUUUCUCGGAGAAGAAUACGCUAGACCGCUGGAGACCGACGAAGAACUCUUCCAGAAGGUUGUCGAUCAUAGCAGCAUUAAGUUUCUGUCUCAGCUUCUGACGAUUACGGAAGGCAAGAUGAAGACCAUGGAGGAGAAAGGAGACAACGAUGUACUAGAUGCUGCGAAAAGGUUUGUCUGCAACAAAUCUGGAAAACCGUCGCCACAGAAAAUUUUCGUCCGUAAAGGAAUUGUCGGCGAUUGGAAAACACAUUUUGGGGAAAAAUAUCUGGAUCGUUUGCGUAGUAGGAUUCAAGAGAAGAAAGCAGUUGCCGUUGUCAAAGCUCUCUGGGGUUCUGAAGACCUGGGUGGCGUCGUUUAGUUUUGAGCACAUUUGAAGAAGUUCACUUUGGCGGGGACAUUUCAGCUGAGUGUGCACUUUUUAAGCAAGGCAGACGAAGGAGCGAGAAGAUUCCUCCAUUAAAAAA